CUCUCAUUUCCUGGGUUCUCUCCUUCUGUGAAACUCAGCUCCGAUCCCAAGUCCCAACAUCAUUAUAUUCCACAAUAUAUAUUAUAUAUAUAUAUAUAUUACACCACUCAUCAUAUAUAUCUCAAAUUAAAGAUCGAGGAAGCUGAGAUUAUACAGAAAUGGGAACCUGCUGGAGCUUACCUGUGAACAGCGUCCCAAGCAACAACGCACUUCCCAAAUCCAAAGGAGAUAAUGGAAGUGGAAGGACUAUGGAGGUGGGGCCGGCUAAGGCAGCAGUGGCGGUGGAUAUGGUGAUGUCACUUCCCGGCGAGAAAGAUGGGAAGAGCAGAGAAGGCGUUGACUUGCCGGCGAGCGGUAGAAUAGUGACGCCCAACUUGAAAAUGUUCACUUUCUCUGAACUGGAGAGAGCGACGAGGAACUUUAAACCGGCGACGGUGUUGGGUGAAGGUGGGUUUGGUCGAGUUUUCAAGGGGUGGAUUCACCCGAAGACGUUGGCCCCGUCCAAGGUCGGCGUCGGAAUGGCGGUGGCCGUUAAAAAAUCCAAUCCAGACAGUGAACAAGGCCUCCGAGAAUGGCAGGCUGAAGUGAAAUUUUUAGGGAAAUUUAGCCACCCUAAUCUUGUGAAGUUAAUUGGCUAUUGCUGGGAAGAUAAUGAAUUUCUACUCGUUUAUGAGUAUAUGCAAAAGGGUAGCCUGGAAAGCCACCUUUUCAAAAAAUGUGCUGAAACUCUUUCUUGGGAGACACGGUUAAAAAUAGCUAUAGGUGCAGCUCGAGGACUUGCUUUCCUACACUCUACAGAGAAACAAGUCAUUUACCGUGAUUUUAAAGCCUCCAACAUAUUACUGGAUGGGGAAUUUAAUGCAAAGCUUUCAGAUUUUGGAUUGGCGAAAUUAGGUCCAGUCAAUGGAGAGUCGCAUGUAACAACACGAAUUAUGGGCACCUAUGGCUAUGCAGCACCAGAGUACAUGGCUACUGGCCAUUUGUACGUCAAGAGUGAUGUGUAUGGUUUUGGAGUGGUUUUGUUAGAAAUAUUAACCGGGCUAAAAGUAUUAGAUCUGAAUCGGCCUACUAGGGAGCAAAAUUUGGUGGAAUGGACUAAGCCCAUGUUAGUGGACAAAAGGAAGAUAAAGACAAUAGUAGACCCAAGACUGGAAGGGCAGUAUCCUUCCAGGGCUGCAACCAAAAUAGCAGAGCUGAUAUUGAAGUGUUUUCAGGCUGAACCCGCGAAGAGACCGUCCAUGGAUGAGGUUUUGAAGAGCUUGCAGGAAAUUAACGACGUCAAGACCAGACGGAGAGACCACAGAUCCAACCGUUAGCCCAGUAACCGUACCGUACCGGUAGCGUCAACACAAGCAACCUAACCACGUACUAUCUAUAUACAACGUACGUACUGUAUGUUCUUAGGAAUCUCAUAGCAGAUUAGAUUAUUAAUGUUUGGUUUUCAUGAUUGAAUUGGGCUAUUAUUUGGUAAGAAAGGCCCAUCCAUGCAUUGGGACUAUUGGGUAUUGGCCAUAUAUAGAAAACUGUUCAUAGUUUAUAGUUCCGGGCUCUGAUAGUUGAUUUUCACUCAAUAUUUAAUUCCAUGCAUGUUUUGUAUUUUGUUAUUUUAGUUUUAAUAUAGAAAUAAAAGUGUAUUUGUUCGAUUUACCAAAAAAAAAAA